GUGCAAUCCAAUUGAGUUCUUUCGCGGUGACCUAGCAGAGAUUCUCACACGCACACUUCUGCUGUCCGAUCAAAGAUAACAGAUGAAUCAUCAUUUUCUUUGAUUAAUGCAUUUCUAACUUUUCUAACUAUGUCUACCAAAUCAAACUUAGUAACCAUUAUUAUCGCACUGGCACUGAGUCAACUCUUUAUUCAACCCGAGUCAGCACCACAAGCCUUCAGGAGAGACCCAGGGCAUCCUCAGUGGCACCACGGCGCUUUUCACGAUGUUGGAGAUAGCGUCCGAUCAGAUGUCCGCCGCAUGCUCCAUACUCGUGCUGAGGUUCCAUUUCAGGUUCCGUUAGAGGUGAAUGUAGUGGUAAUUGGAUUUAAUGGAGAUGGAGGAUAUAGGUAUAGCUUAGAUACACACAAAUUGGAAGAAUUUUUAAGGACUAGCUUUCCUAAUCAUAGACCUUCUUGUUUAGAGACCGGCGAGCCUCUUGAUAUUGAGCAUCACGUUGUCUUUAACGCUUUUCCUGCUGGGCAGCCUGAAUUGAUUGCACUUGAGAAGGCGUUGAAGGAGGCUAUGGUUCCUGCUGGGAAAGCGAGAGAGACUGAUUUUGGAAGGGAAGUGCCUUUGUUUGAGGUGGAGGCAACUGUUGUGGAGCCUGUAUUUCGCAAAUUUUAUUCUUAUAUAUUUGACAUGGACAGUUCUUAUGCUGCCAGGGAGAAUGAUAGACCUGUUCCUAAUGCAAUCUUUAUUGUUAAUUUUGAUAAGGUAAGAAUGGAUCCUAGAAAUAAAGAAAUUGACCUUGACAGCUUAAUGUAUGGAAAAAUUCCCCAGUUGACUGAUGAGGACAUGAGUAAACAAGAGGGAGACUACAUUUAUCGUUAUCGAUAUAAUGGAGGAGGAGCAACUCAAGCUUGGCUGAGCUCAGACAGAUUUGUUGUGAUCGACCUGUCAGCAGGCCCGUGCACAUAUGGGAAGAUUGAAACUGAAGAGGGAAGUGUCAGUUCUAGAACAUUACCACGGAUACGAAACAUGAUGUUUCCAAAAGGUGUAGGUGCACUUAGUGAUCAUCUAUCUCCUGAUAUUUUUGUUGGACAACUUGCUGCUUUGGUAGCCACAACAGUCGAGCAUGUUAUAGCUCCAGACGUCAGGUUUGAGACUGUUGACCUGGCAACAAGGUUGCUGAUACCAAUAAUCGUGCUUCAGAACCAUAAUAGAUAUAAUAUUAUGGAGAAGGGUCAUUACUACAGCAUUAAUAUUGAAGAAAUUGAAUCAGAGGUUAAAAAGAUGGUCCAUGAUGGGCAAGAAGUUGUAAUAGUAGGUGGUUCACAUGCAUUGCAUCGGCAUGAGAAGUUGGCUAUUGCUGUUUCGAAAGCAAUGCGAGGACAUUCCUUGCAAGAAACUAAAAAGGAUGGACGUUUCCAUGUCCGUACCAAGACAUAUCUAGAUGGCGCUAUACUUAAAGAAGAGAUGGAACGGUCUGCUGAUAUGCUAGCUGCUGGUUUAGUUGAGCUGGCUGAUCCAUCUCUUUCAAGUAAAUUUUUUCUCCGCCAGCACUGGAUGGAUGAACCAGAUGGUUCAGGAGACUCAAUUCUUAAGCAUAAACCUUUAUGGGCUAGUUAUGAUUCAAGGCACGGCAGGGAGAGGAAGAAGAAAGAACAGAAGAAGCAAGGGGAUUUAUACCGCACUUAUGGAACAAGAGUUAUUCCAGUCUUUGUGCUAUCUUUGGUCGACGUGGAUCCACACCUUAUGAUGGAGGAUGAAAGCCUUGUAUGGACAAGCAAUGAUGUUGUCAUUGUACUUCAACAUCAACAUGAAAAGAUACCUCUGAGCUAUGUCUCAGAAACAGAGAGAAGGCAUGCAUUUCCAUCACUAGCACAGCGACAUAUAUUGGCAGGGCUUGCUUCUGCUGUUGGUGGAGUCAGUGCGCCAUAUGAGAAAGCAUCUCAUGUACAUGAGAGGCCAAUAGUAAAUUGGCUUUGGGCAGCUGGCUGUCACCCAUUUGGACCAUUUUCUAAUACUUCUAAACUCAGUAGAUUGCUACAGGAUGUUGCCUUGAGGAACACAAUAUAUGCGCGUGUAGAUUCUGCACUUCAUAGAAUUCGUGAUACAUCAGAGGCUGUCCAAGCAUUUGCUGCAGAAUAUCUGAAAACCCCUCUGGGCGAACAUGUCAAAGGCAAGAAAAACAAGACGGCAACAGAACUGUGGAUAGAGAAGUUCUACAGGAAAACGACUAACUUGCCUGAACCUUUUCCACAUGAAUUAGUUGACAGAUUGGAGAAAUAUCUCGAUGGCCUCGAGGAACAGCUAGUAGAUCUGUCGUCUUUGUUAUACGAUCACCGGUUACAAGAUGCACACAUGAAUAGUUCAGAAAUUCUUCAGAGCUCUAUGUUUACCCAGCAGUAUGUAGAUCAUGUUUUGGCGAAUGAGAGAGAGAAAAUGAGGUGCUGUGAAAUCGAAUACAAGUACCCUGUGCACUCUUCACAAACUUAUAUCUAUGGGGGGAUUCUUCUUGCUGGGUUUAUUGUAUAUUUUGUUGUCAUUUUCUUUUCCAAUCCUGUCCGUUGAUGGGGCUGACCAAUCCAUUAACUGCACUCAGGCUAAUUUUGGCUUUUCGAAUGGAGUGGAAAAACUAGCCUAUACAGGAAAAUAAAAUGUUAGAGAGGGAAUUUUGACUUUCCUUUGUAAUAAUUAGUACAGUAACAUAGAUUAGAGAUUUUACCAGAAACCAAAUUUUAGUACUCCUUUUUCUUC